AUGCUGACCACUCCAGAGUUUCAAAUCGUUGUUUUGGACACUGAAACCAGUACUCAUGAGUAUUAUAUAUGGACCAGUCAACACUUUACUAACGUCACAAACUCAUCUUAUGCAUGUCCGUCCACUCAUCCUAGGCAGUUAUUUUGGCCGGAUUUGGAAGCAGCUGAUGGAGAUUCAGUUCCAAAAGCCUUGCUUCCCAUUGCUAAUCGUCCCAUGAUCGCUUACCAACUCGACUGGCUUGAGGAAGCCAAUAUUAGAGAUAUUAUUAUUGCAGCAUAUCCUGGAGCAAGAGGCAAGAUUAACGGCGUUGUUCAAAGUCUUUUGGAAGGCUCGACUGGAACAAAAGUCCAAAUUGUUGAAGUGCCUGAAAAUAGUGGGUCGGCAGAUGCUUUACGAACUAUCAAGACCAAGAUCAAGACCGACUUUAUCGUUAUUUCUUGUGAUCUGAUUACAGAUAUUCCGGUGCAUUAUCUUAUUAAUUCAUUCAGAUUACAAAACCCAACCAUGACAGCAUUUUUUUAUGAUGCUGGAAAUCUUGAAGCAAGCACAGAUCGACCUGCAGCAAAAGAUGAUGGCUUGGGCGAGUUUAUUGGUAUCGACGAUCAAUCGUCUCGUGUGUUGAUCAUGGCUAGUAAAGCUGAUUUGGAUGACGAUUUGGAAUUGAGAGUGUCAAUGAUUGCCAAAUUUCCUGUAGUACACCUGCAUUCCCAACUGCGUGAUGCACAUCUGUAUAUUUUCCGCAAAUGGGUGCUGGAUCUUGUUUCUAAAAACAAAAACCUUUCGAGCAUAAAGAAUGAUUUGGUUCCCCUGCUUUUAGAGUGCCAGCACAGAGAGUCUGUUUUAAAACGUGAAGGGAUCGACAAAUUGAUGGCUGCAGGAAACUCGGAUUUAUUUGCUCGAGCUUUGAUGUACUCUACUUCUGGUCAUGAGCCAACACCACAGAAUGUAACGUGCAAUGCAGUCGUAUACCGGGAUGGUUUUACUGCACGAGGAAAUACUGUUUGGAGUUAUUCAGAAUUAAAUCGACACGUUGUAAAGCAUAUGACAGAGUCGAGAGUGCAGGCCAGUGCAGAAGUCAAUGCCAAGGCUCAAGUCGGACAUGAUUCACUUGUAGGAGAAGGAACCAAAAUCGAUGAACGAUGCAGUGUAAAAAAAUCUGUUAUAGGAAACCACUGCAAGAUUGGUAAAAACGUCAAGAUCACCAACAGUAUUAUUAUGGAUUACGUGCAUAUUGAAGACGGAGUAAAGAUUGACGAAAGUGUUGUAUGCAACAAUGCAAAAGUUGGUGCACAUGCUUUGUUGAAAGAUUGCCGAGUGGGAGCUGAGCAAAUUGUUCCAUCAGAAAUUGCUCCAAAUCUGACUAUUGAGUUCAUGUUAUACGAUCUAGCCAUAGGAAAAGGCGAAGUGUUUGCAGCUGGCAUGAACGAAUGA